ACUUCCUGCUCUCUUCUGCAUGAUGGCGGUGUCCAUGACAGAUCUGGCACAUUGACUUCGCCUGGACGUGUGCAGUUUACCCUCUCAUUAAAUUAUUCCGGGGACAUUUGUCAGUUGACGAACUUAAACGAAAUCCUCGCUACUGAAUAUUUAAUGAAGUGAGUCGCAGAUCAUGGCGCUCCACAGAUUGUCUUUCAGACUACGGCACACGGUAACACAUGUAAGGUCCCUUCAUACUAGUGGAUGUGGGCAGCAGCAGGAGGCUGUGGCUGUAGCGUCAGAACCUGAGCCUUUCUCCGUUUUCAGAACACCGGAGAAUGAUCCAGCAUGUCAGUCAGAGAAACUUAUCGGACAGUAUUACACACUGCCCUCUGCACACAUCCGCACUCUGUUCCCUCACGGCCUCCCUUGGCGCUAUCAACAACAGGUGAAGACCUUUAAUGAAGCUUGUGUGAUGGUGAGGCAGCCAGCUCUAGAGGUCAUCUCUUGCCUGAAGAAAACAGACAACAGCAAACCUGCUGUGCGAUAUUUAUUCUAUGGGUUGAAGGGCAGUGGGAAGACAAUGUCUCUCUGUCACACGGUCCAUUUCUGCUAUACACAGGGAUGGCUGGUGCUGCAUAUCCCUGAUGCUCACCUCUGGGUGAAGAACUGUAAGGAGCUGCUGCCCUCAUCCUAUAACACCUCUCGCUUUGAUCAGCCAUUACAAGCCACCGAGUGGUUACGCAACUUCAGAAUCACCAAUGAGCACUUCCUUUCAAAGAUAAAGACAAAGCAGCGUUAUGUGUGGACAAAGAGAGAGUUCACUGAGGAGGGAAGUCCACUAGGAGAGCUCGUGGAUCAGGGUAUAUCUCGUGUGAAGAGCAGCAGUGAUGUGGUGGGGGCGGUGAUGAAGGAGCUGAGGCUGCAAAGCGGGCAGCCAGAGUCAGACUUCCGCAUGGCCGUGGCUGUGGAUGGUGUCAACGCCCUGUGGGGAAGAUCCACCAUCAAGAAGGAGGAUAAGAGUGCUGUGGAUCCAGAGGAGCUCUCUUUGGUUUAUAACCUGAGGAAGCUGAUGAAGAACGACUGGACUGGAGGCGCCAUCAUCACCACUCUGUCUCAGACGGGGUCUCUCUACACUUCAAAAUCUGCCUACUUGCCUCAAGAGCUGCUAGGAGAGAGUGGGUUUGACUGCAUGGACCCGUUCGUCCCGGUGUCAGUGCCCAACUACAGCGAGAAGGAGUUUGAGAGCUGUUACCUCUACUAUAUGGACCGCCACUGGCUGCAGCAUCCACAGAGUAAAACAGAAGAAGGAAAGAAAGAACUCAUCUUUUUGAGCAACAGAAAUCCAUCAAUGUUGGACAGAAUUUGUGCCUUCCUAUGAAGUUACAUAAAGACUUAAAUCACACACAUACACACAUAAAUAUCACACACAAAAACUACAUAAACGUACAAAUGUCCAUGUCUAUAAUAUGUGUCCCUCUGUAAAUUAUGUUGCAUGUGUGUUACUUUGAAAAUAAAAUGUUGAAUACAA